UAGGGGGCGGGCCAGGAGCUCAGGUGGCUGCGCCCCACGAGGGGGCGGUCUCAGCGGGCGGGAACCCUAACCGGCCUACACGCCGGUCCACCUGCACGAGAGCCCUUGGCGCUGCCAGCUGUCCAGCAGCUGCGCCGUCGCCCCCAGCCUCACCGCGAGCCCCGCUGUGCGCCAGCAGCGCGCAGCCCUCCAGCCACCCGCCGGAACCCGCCCCAUCGCCACACUGCACUCCCGGAGUGCGCCCUCUGCCCUCACGGGGACAGAGGGUCUCGCCACCGUCAUGCUGCCGAUCAUCUACACCGUCCUGGCGGGGCUGCUGCUCCUGCCGCUGCUUGUGAACUUCUGCUGCCCCUACUUGUUCCAGGACUUACAGUAUUUCCUACGGGUGGUAAGGGUGGUGAGGCGGGCGCGCAGCAGCGGGAGGCGCCGGCCAGUGCACACCAUCCUGGGAGCCUUCCAGGAGAACGUACACCAAACUCCGCACAAGCCUUUCCUGCUCUUCAGGGAUGAGACAUUCACCUACACUCAAAUGGAUCGGCGCAGCAACCAGGUGGCACGGGCGCUGCAUGAUCGCCUGGAUCUGCGCCAGGGAGACUGCGUGGCGAUCUUUAUGGGCAAUGAGCCGGCCUACGUGUGGCUGUGGUUGGGUAUCCUCAAGGUGGGCUGUGCCAUGGCAUGUCUGAACUACAACAUCCGCGGCAAGUCCCUGUUGCACUGUUUUCAGUGCUGCGAGGCGAAGGUUCUGCUGGUCUCCCCAGAGCUUCAAGAAGCUAUUGAGGAAGUGCUGCCCAGCCUGAAGAAAGAUAAUGUCUCAGUCUAUUACGUGAGCAGAACUUCUGUCACGGACGGGAUUGGCUCUCUGCUGGACAAGGUGGAUGAAGCGUCAGCUGAACCCAUCCCAGAGUCCUGGAGGUCUGAAGUCACCUUUUCCACUCCUGCCUUAUAUAUUUAUACUUCGGGAACCACAGGCCUCCCAAAAGCUGCAACAAUCAAUCAUUACCGCCUUUGGAUAGGAACUGGCCUCAUGAUCACAAGUGGAGUGAAAUCAAAUGAUAUCAUCUACACAUCUCUGCCCUUGUACCACAGUGCUGCAAUGAUGAUUGGCUUGCAUGGAUGUAUCGUGACUGGUGCUACCAUUGCUUUGAGAGCCAAAUUUUCAGCCAGCCAGUUCUGGGAUGACUGUAGAAAAUACAAUGUCACUGUCAUUCAGUAUAUUGGUGAACUACUUCGGUACUUAUGCAACUCACCCCAGAAACCAAAUGAUCGUGACCAUAAGGUGAGAAAGGCAAUAGGAAAUGGCUUACGAGGAGACGUGUGGAGAGAAUUUACCAGGCGAUUUGGGGACAUUCACAUUUAUGAGUUCUAUGCUUCCACGGAAGGCAACAUUGGAUUUUUGAAUUACCCAAGAAAAGUCGGUGCUGUUGGAAAAGUAAACUACCUGCAGAGAAAAGUCGUAUCUUACAACCUGAUUAAAUAUGACGUGGAGAAAGAUGAACCUGUCCGUGAUGAAAAUGGAUAUUGCGUCCAAGUUCCCAAAGGCGAGGUCGGACUCCUGAUCUGCAAAAUUACACAAUUGACACCAUUUAAUGGCUAUGCCGGAGGGAAGACCCAGACAGAGAAGAAGAAGCUGAGAGAUGUCUUUGUGAAAGGAGAUGUCUAUUACAACAGUGGAGACCUCUUAAUGAUUGGCCACGAUAAUUUCAUCUACUUCCAUGACCGAGUUGGAGAUACAUUCCGGUGGAAGGGGGAAAAUGUGGCCACCACCGAAGUUGCCGACAUUGUGGGACUCGUUCCUUUCAUCCAGGAAGUCAACGUGUAUGGAGUGCCUGUGCCAGGUCAUGAGGGUCGGACUGGCAUGGCCUCAAUCAAGAUUAAAGAAAACCAUGAAUUCGAUGGAAAGAAGCUCUUUCAACAUGUUGUGGAUUACCUGCCUAAUUAUGCAAGGCCCAGGUUCCUCAGAAUUCAGGACACCAUUGAGAUCACUGGAACCUUCAAACACCGCAAAGUCACCCUCAUGGAGGAGGGCUUUAACCCUGCCGUCAUCACAGAUACCUUGUACUUCUUGGAUGAAGCAGCAAAAAUGUAUGUGCCCAUGACUCAAGAUAUUUAUGAUGCCAUAAGUAACAAAACCCUGAGACUUUGAGUACUUCCAAGACAAGAAUGUCUAGUUCCACAAAAACAACACUGAGUGGACUACUGCAGCCAUUUGAUAGAAUUCAGCUGUAAUUUGAUUGACAAUUGUGAGGUUCAAUUUUUUUUUUUUAGGAAAUUAUACAUACCAAUAACUAAACACUUUUCUAAUUACACCUGAACCUUUGCAAGUGAAGAGAUUUCAAGAUAAUUAUUUUCCAAGGUACAUCUAAUGUUUGUAUUUGCAAACUGAGAUCACUGGGGGGGGGGAGGGCAUUAUUUUUUUAAA